AGGCUGGACAGGAGCUGCACUUUUCUCUCAGAUUGAGAAGGACCCAACCUCGCCGUCUGUUGCUCUCUUGUAAGCAGCCAUGAGCUCCUUGGUGUGGGUCUGCGUCACUGACUUCUUCACCUACGAGACCACCAAGUCUGUGGUGGUCAAGAGCUGGUCUGUGGGCAUCAUCAACCGGAUUGUACAAUUGCUCAUCAUCACAUAUUUUGUUGGCUGGGUCUUCAUCCACGAGAAAGCUUAUCAGUCGAUCGACACCGGCAUCGAAUCCUCUGUGAUGACCAAAGUAAAAGGCUUUGGUUACCAUCACAACCAGGUGAUGGAUGUGGCCGACUACGUCUUCCCCCAACAGGGUGCAGGUGUCUUCUGCAUCAUGACCAAAGUCAUCAUCACACAAAAUCAGUUUCAAGGAACAUGUAAAGAGUUGGGCUGGAGGUUUAAAUGUAAAACAGAUGAAGAUUGCCACACACAUUUUGGCAGCAUCCUUGCCAAUGGUGUAAUAACAGGCACGUGCAUCAAUUCCACCAAUGACAACGAGAUGGGUCAAUGCGAGAUUAACGGAUGGUGUCCAGCCGAGAACGACCAAGUUAAGAUAGAGCCGAUGCAAGAUGUGAACAACUUCACCAUCUUCAUCAAAAAUAGUAUUCGCUUUCCACUCUUCGAUGUCACCAGAGGGAACUUUCCCUCCAGUAUGACGUCCGAACAGAUCAAGAGUUGCACCUACCAUCCGGAGAACAACCCCUUCUGCCCCAUCUUUCGUGUGGGCGACAUCCUAAACUACACAGGGCAGAGCGUGUCUGACCUGGCAGAGAAGGGGGGAGAAAUAGGAAUAAACAUUCAGUGGAGGUGUAACCUGGACCUGGACAUUGAAAACUGUGUACCCGAGUACUCGUUCACACGACUGGACGCACCAUUUGCCAAGAAUGCCGUCUCCAAAGGCUACAACUUCAGAUUCGCCAAAUAUUUUAAGACAGAGAAUGGGACUGAGUUUCGGACACUUCACAAAGCAUAUGCAAUCCGUUUUGAUGUCAUGGUCACGGGCAAUGCAGGAAAGUUUGACACGAUCCCAACUCUGAUCAACUUGGUCGCUGCUUUCACCUCUGUUGGACUGGGUACGGUUCUCUGUGAUGUUAUCUUACUGAACUUCUUGAAGGGGGCAGACCAGUACAAAGCCAAGAAGUUUGAAGAGGUGUCGGAGGCUCAGAUAGAAGCAUAUCUUGCUCAGAGCCCAGGCAGCCAGCUGUCACUCAAACCUGGUAUCAAGAGCUCCUACGACUCUGGAGCCGUUUCCCUCGAUAUGACUGACCAACCUGACCUGGCAACAACGACAACAAUCUGAAGAAACAGUCAUCCUCCAUGAUCUCUCUUUCUCUUGCUCUUAUUGCCUUAUUUGAAGAAAAGAUAAUUCACACACACUGCCCCAUUACUUGCAGUAAACUUGAACCGAUGACGGUCUUGGGACCAAAACAUUGUGUUUAUUGCAAGUAACUUUUCUUCUCCUAGGGACAAUUUCCUGCACAUGUCUGCAAGUUUUUUAAGGUGUGCAUGAGCCUCUACAUUCAAGUCUUAUUGCCUUAAUACAAGACAAUCAUUAUGCCUUUGUUGUUGUCAGAAGCUUGCAGUUUGACAAAUGGGUAAAAAAAGAGCAACGUUGCUGCCAGCUUCACAAUUUUGUGAUAAGAAGUGGGAUAAAAGAAUUACAGCCUUUUGGCUCAUAACAAUAACUAGAGCCUCCUAAUUUGCAACAACUUUGCAACCAAAGU